AUGUUUAUCAUCGAUGAAUUAUGGAUAUUAUUUUCAAAGGCAGUAAACGAAGGGAGAAAUACCCAAGAUAUUAUAAAAAUUAUUAAACAUUACCUAAAAAAUAUAUCGAACGAACCUAGAAUGAUAAUAAAAUUAAUUUCAAAUAAUGAUAAUUUCAUUUCAGAUCAAAUUCUUCUCGCAUUCCUUCAUCUUAUCGAAUUUGAAAUUUCUGAGGAAGAUGGUGAAAAGGCAUUCAAAUUGUUUUCAGUUGCUGCCGAAAAUAACAAUAUUAUUGCGCAAUAUUUCUUAGGUGAAUGUUAUUAUUACGGAUAUGGAACUACUAGGAAUCAAGAAUUAGCUAUUAAUUGGUACUUGAAAGCUGGCGUUGCUAUUGGUGAUUAA